GCAGCACACCGUUAUCGUUUGCAAAACUUACCAAAAUGCUAUUUUAGCAAACAAUUUAAUACACAACUAAGAAUAAAUGUUCAUGGUGUGUGUACCAAGUGCUAUCACAUGUGCAGCAAUCGUGUAACGUAAGCAUAGCUUUUAUAUAUAUUGCAACGCCCACACUGCUGUUGACAGUUCAACAAAGAGGAAAAAGGCGGGUAGUGGAAGAAGAAGCAAUCAAGUGGCAACGACGAUAACAACAACAACAGCACAGCAGCCGCUGCGGCAGCACCACAGGCAAAAUGCAAAAAGUUAAUUAGCGUGAACAAAAUCACCGCUCGGUGGGUGGUCAGCCAUAAUUUGUGUGUUGUGUGUUGGGUAAGGGGUGGGCGACUGGAUGACAUGGAGUUUGCUGAUCUGAUAAAAACACCCAAAUUGGAUGGGGUCUUCCUGCAUGCGAAUGCAGCAAAUGCAACAGUUGAGGGCACCCUGUGCAUAACGGGUCACCAUUUAUUGCUCAGCGCUCGUCAGGAAAACACGCAGGAGCUAUGGCUGCUGCACAAGAACAUCGAUUGCGUGGAGAAAAAGCCGAGCAUGGGCCAGAACAUUGUCAUGGGUGGCAUUAUUACACUCAAGUGCAAGGAUUUACGCAUUAUAUCACUGGAGAUCAAAUAUGCCAAAGACUUUUUUAAUGUGGCAGCCUCAUUGGAGGCGCUCAGUGCAAUACAAAACGCAGAGCUAGACUAUCCCUUCUUUUACAGGCCCAUGUAUUCCAUACUUGAGGACGGCUUCACAAUGUUCAGACCGGAGCUGGAAUUCGCACAGCUUAUCAGCGGCAUGAGUAUGGGCGGUGCCUCAUCGCCGAAUGUUGCAAAUAUAUCAAUUUGUACGUCAUCGACUUCAGCUGUUGGCAGCAGCAGCAUACCCCAUCCGCUGCAGAAUGGCUUUGGGUUGGACGCGGCAGCUGCAUUGGUGGGCAGCAGCGUGUCUGCCUGCGAGUGGCGCAUCAGCCACGUCAACAAAGACUUCGGCGUCUGUGCCACAUAUGGCGCCACACUGAUUGUACCUAAAGCAAUUAGCGACGAGCAAAUCGCGCUCUCCGCUGCAUUUCGAGACGGCGGACGUUUCCCAUUGCUCAGCUAUAGGCAUGAAAAUGGCGCUACUCUGAUGCGUAGCGCACAGCCUUUGUCCAUACAGGGCAUCAAGCGCUGCCGGGCCGACGAAGCUAUACUCAAUCUAGUGCUGGGACGCAGUAAAAAGGGCUUUAUUGUGGACACAUGGGGCAAGGGCAAAUCCAACACUGAAACGGACUUGCACUACUCCCAGUGGAAGAAGGUUAAUCGCGCAAUCGGCAAUGUCAGUUACCCGGCCUCCAUUCUAGACAGUUUUGCCAAACUGAUUGAGGCCUGCAAUGAUAUUGGCUGCAGCACGGAUAAGUGGCUAUCGCGUCUAGAGAAUAGCGGCUGGCUAAGCCUGGUGCUCAAUUCGUUGAACGCCUCUUGCGUAGUAGCCCAAUGCUUGGACCAGGAAGGCAGUCCAGUCCUGGUGCACGGGGCAAAGGGUCUUGACUCCACGCUGAUAGUUACAUCGUUGGUGCAAAUCAUUUUGAAUCCAGAUUGUCGCACUGUGCGCGGUUUGCAAGCUUUGAUAGAGCGCGAGUGGAUCCAGGCGGGACAUCCGUUCGCAUCGAGGCAUCGCUAUUCCUGCUACACGCCGCACCAGAUGCGCAACAAGAACUCGGGCGCCACCUUUGUCCUAUUUCUGGAUUGUAUCUAUCAGCUGUACACGCAGUUUCCCUGCAGCUUUGAGUUCAGCACGCAGCUGCUCAUAUUACUCUUCGAGCACAGCUACUUCUCGCAAUAUGGCACCUUUAUGUGCGACUCGGAACGGGAGCGACACGAGCUCCAAGUGCACACAAGGACCACCAGCUUGUGGUCGUACCUUAAUCGACCAGAUGUGUUACAGACAUUGCUUAAUCCGCUGUACGAGCCAAAUUCCAGUGUUAUUUGGCCCUCUGUGGCGCCCAUUAGCUUGGAAUUGUGGAGCGAACUCUAUUUACGCUGGGUGAUUGAUCAACGCAAUUUGGCAACGACCAUGGCACAAAUACAUGAAUUGGUUACCCGCGAAAAGGAGCUCAGAAGCCAGGCGUUCAAGCUGCGUAAACAGGCCGUGGAACUGAGUCUGGAGGUUGGGGCACAUGUAAAUGAUGUGGAUAAUGCAUGAGUUGUUGUCUACCUCAUUGCGCAGAUGUCUCUGUGUCUCUCUAAUACCAUAUUUAUAUACAUCAUAUACAAUUAUUUUUGAUACUUUCUGUAGCCAUUUUUAAUCAACUAUUCAAGCAAAUCUUAUUUUGUAUAAAAGUUCAACACUAAUGAAUAA